AUGAGUACAGACGCCUUCCGCUAUAGGAAAGAAUACAUGACCUUGCCUGAGCUGUCUCUCCCUUCUCAAACCUUCAAAACUCACACUGGCAAUGUCUAUGACCUUCUAUCGUCUCUUACCUUCAACCUCCUGAUCGUUUCUCUCUAUCUUGUUGGCAUGGAGUCCACUCAUAAGGAAGAUUCAAUGAUCUCCGGCGAGGAAGUUGAUCAGCCAGAGCAAGACAACACCGAUGGAAGCACCACCACUGGCCGAUCCUACGAGUGCGUGUUCUGUAAGAGAGGCUUCACAACUGCACAGGCCUUGGGUGGCCAUAUGAAUAUCCAUAGGAAAGAUAGAGCAAGGAAUAAACCUACGAUCAAUUCAACUAAGCAUGAAGAGAAUCACAGUCACACAGGACCCAUUUUUUACCAGCCGAUUUCAAGUUACCCACCUCGUUAUUCUUCACCUCAUGAAGCUCAGAUGAAUUAUCGGACGUAUUUUCCGGCAUCCACGUCAAAUACAAAGCCCUUGUUCCAAAACCAUAAUAAUAACUCGCAUGAUCGCAGCCCACAGAGGUCACUAUUUGGAGAGGAUUGUCGGAUGAGCUUGAGUUUGAAGUUUGGUACAGCACAUGCAGAAAGUGCAGAAGAUGAAUUGGAUUUGGAGCUUCGGCUUGGCCACAACCCAUAG